AUUCUCCAAACCAGACCAAAAAUAUAUAUUCUCUCGGUUUUUUCCAGAGCAUUCAAAUUCUUCCAUAAAAAGUAUUAAUCUGAUUCUGUCUACUACUUCCAUGGGUGAGAAAAAGGAAGAAACGGCGACGAAACCUCAAGGAGAGAAGAAACCUAUCGAUGGUGGAAUCACCACCGUCGUUAUGAAGCUUGAUAUGCAUUGUGAAGGCUGCGGCAAGAAAAUCAAACGUAUCUUCAAACAUUUCAAAGGUGUGGAAGAUGUGAAUAUUGAUUAUAAGGGUAACAAAUUGACGGUGAUCGGAAACGUAGAUCCAGUGGAAGUUCGUGAUAAAGUGGCCGAGAAAAUUAAGAGACCAGUCGAACUCGUCUCUACAGUUGCGCCACCGAAGAAAGAGACACCUCCUCCUUCAUCAGGCGGUGAUAAAAAGCCACCUGCGGCGGAGGAGAAACCGGCUGAGAAGAAACCAGCCGCCGAUGAGAAAUCCGGUGAGAAAAAAGAAGAGAAGAAGAAAGAGGAAGGAGAGAAGAAAGCUUCACCUCCACCACCACCUAAAGAGAGUACUGUGGUUUUGAAGACGAAGUUACAUUGUGAAGGUUGCGAACACAAAAUCAAAAGAAUAGUCAACAAAAUUAAAGGGGUUAAUUCAGUUGCUAUUGAUAGUGCCAAGGAUUUGGUUAUAGUUAAGGGGAUCAUUGACGUGAAACAGCUCACUCCUUAUCUUAACGAGAAGCUUAAACGCACUGUUGAAGUUGUUCCGGCGAAAAAGGAUGACGAAGCACCCAAAGCAGCGGCGGCUGCAGCUCCAGCUGGCGGUGAGAAGAAGGACAAAGGUGCUGGUGAAAAGAAAGAGAUUAAAGAUGUUGGAGAAAAGAAAGUCGAAGGUGGUGGUGAGAAGAAGAAAGAAGUUGCUGUUGGCGGCGGUGGAGGAGGAGGAGACGGUGGUGCUAUGGAUGUGAAGAAAUCGGAGUAUAACGGUUACGGUUAUCCUCCACAGCCGAUGUAUUACUACCCACAAGGACAAGUAUACGGUCAACAACAUUACAUGAUGCAAGGUCAAUCAUCUCAAUCGUAUGUACAAGAACCGUAUACAAACCAAGGAUACGUACAAGAAUCGUAUAUGAACCAAGGUUACGGUCAAGGGUAUGGACAUGAAGCACCACCGCCCCCAUAUAUGAACCACCAAGGUUACGCAGAUCCUUAUGGUCAUAUGCGUGCGCCUGAGUUGUUUAGUGAUGAGAAUCCAAAUGGGUGUUCUGUGAUGUGAGUAAAACAAAUGGGGAGGAAAAUGUAAAUAACUAAAAAAUAUAGGGUGAGAAUGGUA